AUGAGCAGCCCUCCACCCACAUCGGACAACACGUCCUCAGCGCCAGCGUCGAUGCCAGUUGCGGCGCAAGCCAUCGCUAGCGAGAUCAGCAUUUCAGCAGCAGACAUGGUCGAUGGCGGCGCUCCAGCUGGCGAGCAGGGUGGCGCGUCUGCGUCCUCGCUCCAACCACCACCAGCGACGGCCUUCAAGAAGGGUCACGCACCCAAACCCAGUGUCGGAAUCGCCGCAUCGCUCUUCGGCUCUUCCGGCGACGACGACCCGUUUUCGAGCAUUUCCGCUUCCAACGCCGCUCCUUCGCUCUCGCAGCUCACCGAAAAUGAAGAAGAAGAAGAAGAGGCUGCUGCCGACAUCCAAAACGCACACGAGCCCGUCGCGGCUGAUCCGGCGGCAUCGGCUGAUCCGGUCGCAUCGCUCUUUGGCGCAGCUGAGCCGACCGCUGUUGGGGACACUCUCGCUGUGCCCACCGCCGAUGGCAAGACGAGCGGUCCAUCGUCGGGUCCCGCUUCUCCAGGUGGUCUGUUUGCCGAUUCGAGCUACCAGGACGACUGGCUCGCAUCGGGCGCCGACCAAUCCCAUACCGAUGCCGCAGCCGAUCCCUUUGCAGCUCCCGACGGCGGUCAGGGUUCCUUGACCUGGCUCAACCAGGAUGACUCGCAGCUCCCAGCUGGCGAAGAGCCGCAGUACGAUGCCUACGGUAGACCCAUCGGACAGCCUGACUCGGACAUCGUAGGCUACGACCAGGAGGGCUACGACCACCACCAGCAGCAAGCGUAUGGCUUCGAUCAGCAGCAGGACGAGUAUGCCGCGCAGCAGGGCUACGACCAGCAACAGGGAUACGAUCAGCAGAGCUACGAUCAGCAAAGCUACGGCCAGCAGGCGUACGAUCAGCAGGCUUACGACCAGCAGGCUUACACUCAGCAAGGCUACGAUGCGCAGACCUAUGAUCAGCAGGCAUACGAUUCGCAAGCCUACGAUCAGCAGGUAUACGGCUCGCAAGGCUAUGAUCAGCAGGCAUACGCCCAGCAGGGCUACGAUCACAACUCCGCAUAUGCACAGGCAGAUUACACACAACCAUCACACGAGCAGCAGAGCUACGAUCCACAGGCGUAUGCCAACCAGGCAGCUUCCGAUCCGUACGCUCCCGUGGCUAGCAACGGCGAUGCUUCGGCACAGACCUACACCUCCAACUAUGCACCCGACCAGCAUGGCCAGGACGGCUCGGCGUACGACCCUCAAACCAGCUCGCAGUACGACCAGGCAGGCUUGCAGUACGACGCCACCAGCUACGGCGAAGCGCACGACUACGGGCAACAGACUCAGAGCUACGACUCCAACCAGACCUACGCUGCUUCCGCAUACGCCGUUCAUGCCACCGAGGACUCGUAUGCCGCCGUCACGGCUGCCCCCGAAACGUCGGCCUAUUCUGCGUACACUCCCGACGAGCAUGCACCGCAAUCCACGCAAGUUCAGCAGGCGAGCUCCGAUCCAUACGCCUACGAUCUCUACGCGCCGCAGCAGCAUCCGCCGCGCACCGAGCAGCACGCCGAUCCACAAGCCUGGUCGCACCAGAACUACGGCGGCGAAGAAGCAGCUGCUCCGUCAUCAACGGACUACAGUGCCGCCGCCCACGAUGCCGGUGCCUCCCGCGCGGGCGCCCUCGCCACUGCCGCUGCUGCCUAUGCACGUGCCCCUAGCCCGUAUGACCCUCCGGCUGCAACCUCGCCCAGCGUCGAUGCUCCAAACCAGUACGCUGCCCGCUCCUCAUCUGCCCAGUCUGCCACGCUUCCACCACCGCCCAAGGGCCCUCCCUCCGGUCCUCCCAAGGGUCCGCCGCGUGGUCCGCCCAGAGGAUCUUCGCGCACUUCCUCGCGCAACGCUCAUUCCAUCUCGGCAACGUCCACUCCUCCUGCCGCGGAUGCUUCCGUUGCACGCGGCCAUGCCCCGGCUGUCUCGCUCGAGCGAGAAUCACAAGAGUUUGGAUGGUCGAACGAUGCUGCCACCGAGCAGAGCCAACCGCAGCAGCAGCCAGAUGUUGCUGCUACGCCGCCGCCCGCUUACAAACGCCCCGCUUCCGCCUGGGUCGAUUCGCUCGAGCAGGCCGCCGCCACUCCGCCGCCAUCGUCCGGUGACGACUCGUUGCCCACCCUCACUGUCACCGACGAAUCCGGCGAUGCCGAGCACGGCGACUACGCUGCUCAGCAGCACGACGAUGUGCAGGACGCCACGAACGCCUUCGAUCAGCUCAACCUCGACCACGAGCAGCACGACAGCAUGCACGCAGACGGCUAUGCGCCCGUGGCUGAGCGCCAACAAGGUGCCUACGAUGCGCAGAACGCUGAUUCGGCCGCCAGUGGCGAGGCGCAAGGCUCCAGCUGGAAUGCCUACGGCGAGCAAGACCAGCCGUCUUCCACCACCAGCUAUGAUCCUUACGCUCCUCCUACCGCACACCAGGGCUACGACAGCUACAACGCUUAUAGUGCCGAGCACCCGAAUGCGAAUGAGCACCACCCAGCCUCUCUGUACGACGCCGAGGGCGGUGCCAACGCUGGCGGCAGCGAGCAGCCAUUUGCAGCGCAUCAUGCCUUUGGAGAAGAGGAUCACGAUGCCAGGACACCGCUCGCUUCGCGAGGCGAGACCGGCAGCUGGCUCGAUCCCAACUCGGAGUCUGCGAAUGAGGGCUCAUCGGAUGCAUACAGUCCUAUGGCGGGUUCCAGCGACCCCUAUGCUCCGAGCGUCACCGGCGCUGCGGUCCCUGACUCGAGUCACUCGCCAUACGGUCCUCCUGCUGCCCAAGACCCAGCUGCGGACCCCUAUGCUGCCCCUCCCAGCCACACCCCUGCACACCAGUUCAAGCACACGGAAGCAGAGGAUCCGUAUGCCGCCAGUGGCUACCAGCGCGAUCUGCCCCAAGAGUCCGAUUACUUUGACCCACAGCAGCGCGCGUCGUCGCCACAGCAGUACUCGUACGGCAACACCCACGGCAUGCCGCCCUCUCCCUACGAUCCGCACGACCAGUACGGCUCUAACGCGGCUGGCGUCGACCAGGGCGCCCAAAGUGUCGCGAGCGAGACGCGCUCCCAGGCAGCUUCCGACACGAGCGCCGACAUGCUGCAGACGAUGCGCAGCGCCACCAUCCCCAUUGCCAGCUUUGGCAUCGGCGGCAAGCUGGUGAGCUACUUCCCCACAUCGCGCGGCACGGCCGGCGCGAGUGGCGAUGCCAACGCAAGCGCGAACGAUGCCAACGUCUACGGAUCGUACUCGUACAAUGCCUCGAGCUAUCCGACAACCGUCGACAUUCGCGCCAUGUCGUCGCUUGUCCCGUCGUCGGCAUAUGCGUCUGCGUUCGACCCGCUCACUUUCCCGGGUCCUGUCUUUGAAGGUGCUGCUGGUACAACGGCGCUGUCGAGGGCGACUGGCGCCUCAUCCGCACAGAAGACCAAGAAGGCGGCGCUAAUCAAGCAUCUCGACGAGCGCGUGCAGGAGCUCUCCGCCGGCGUGGGCUAUCUGCGCAGACGGCCGUCGUUCUCCGGUCCGACAGCCGGCUCCAACCGAGGCGCCCCCGAACAAGAUGCAGAGCUGGACGCGCGCAGGACCGAGGACAAGAUCUUGCUUCUGCGUCUGCUCAAGCUUCUCGUCGAGAACGACGGCCAGACGAGCUCGGUGGCGUUUGAGCAGGGCGUCCGAUCGCUCAUCGUCGUGGCAGACGCACCGGACUCGGCGACCUCGAGCGGCUUCGCCAUGUCCGUGGCAGGCGAGUCAACGACGGACGAGGCAGAUGGCAGCGUGGUCACGUCGCACGAGCUUCGCACCGGCUUCCUGCAGAAGCUGCAAGGCAUGCUGCUGCGCGGCGACCGGCGCCAGGCAGUCGAGUACGCCGUCGCGCACAAGAUGUGGGCGCACGCCAUGACCAUCGCCAGCUGCGUCGACAAGGAGUGCUGGAAGCAGGUCGUCAGCGACUUUAUCGAGCAAGAGGUCGGCGCCGCCGAGACCUCGCUCAGCGGCCAGGGUCGCGGAGACCUGCAGGGUCUCAAGGUCGCCUACAACGUCUUCUCGGGCCAGGACCCCGUGUCGAUCUUUGACCUCUUCCGCACCAAGACGCAGCUGGCGCCGGCGGGCGGCUUGCAGGCACCCGCCGCGGAUGCAGGUGCUGCAUCGGCGUCGUUGCCCAGCUGGAAGGAGUCGGCGGCGAUCGUGGCGAGCCACCGCAGCCCGAGCGACUCGGCGGCGCUGACGGCGAUCGGCGAUGGCUUGUGCACGCGCGGCCUGCUCGAAGCGGCGCACUUUUGCUAUCUGCUGUCGCCGCAGACGUCGCCGAUGGGCGGCGCGGAUACGACGGGCGCGCGCUUCACGCUGCUGGGCCAGACCAACCCCAAAGCGUCGGCUGCGUUCGUGCAGGACCUGGACGGCAUCCUGCUGACCGAGGUGUUCGAGUUCGCACAGGGCCUCGUUCCUGCCGUCAAGGGCCAGGAGCCAUUUGCGGGCAUCGCGCAUCUGCAGGCGUACAAGCUGGUCCACGCACAUCAGCUGGCCGACCUGGGCGAGGUGGGCCGCGCGCAAAAGUACUGCGAGGCGAUCGCGCAGUGUCUCAAGCAGACCAAGCAGUCGCCGUACCUGCAUCCGACGCUGCUGUCGCAGUCGAAGCAGCUGUCGGAUCGACUGCUGGGCGCACCGCAGGCGGGUCCGGGCGGCAACUGGAUGACGCGCAAGAUGCAGCGCCCUACGCUCGACGGCGUGUGGGGCGCGCUCGAGGGCCGCUUCACCAAAUUCAUCGCCGGCGAGGAUGGCGCGACGGAGGGCGAGUCGCCCAACAAGAACAGCAAGGGUUCGGUGUCGUCGAGCGUUGGGCCGUUCUCGCACUACAGCGCGAUCACGCCGGAUGCGGCGUCGGGCGGCAUGACGCGGCAGCAGUCGUUCACCGAGCUGCACGCAGGCUCGCCCAGCGGGCCGUCGUCGCGCGCGGGAUCGGCGAUGGACUUCCGCAACGCCACGAAGCGUGCGGCGUCGCCCAAGCACCGUGCGUCAUCGGCGCUCUCGAUGCGCCCGCUCAACCAGGAAGCGUACGGCGACUGGCCGCAGCAGCGACCGUCGUUCAACGGCAAUGGCGGCCACGAGUCCGGGAGCAACUACGACCGCGACAGCGUCCGAUCGAGCUCGGAGGCGCCGCGCCAGGCGUACGGCUACGGGGCGAAUCUGCACGCCGGGCAAGGGUUUGGACAUGGCCAGCAGACCUCCGAGUUCUCGACGGCCUCGUCGACGUACGGCGGAGGUGCAGAGACGAGCUUCACGUCCGAGACGGCGCCGUGGCCUGGGCACGGCGGCGCGAGUGUACGCGAGGCGGAAAGCUCUGGCCGACCGAGCACGGAUGCGGCGCGCCCGAGCGGUGGCUCGGAAGCGGGCUACGGCGGCGGCUAUGGCGACUACAGCGGCUACGGAGGCUACGGAGGCGGCUCUGGGUACGGCGGCUACGGCGGAUCGCAGGCGGAGGAAGGCGGUGGCGAGGAGGGAGGCGACACGAGCGGCUACUCUGCUCCUGGUCAGGCGCCUUUCUACGGCUACGACCCGCACGGUGCGCAGAAGCCCGAGUUUGUGAGCAACGUGGACGGCGCCGAUGCGCUCGAGGGUGGCGACGGAUUCGUGUCGCCGUUCGAUGCGCUGUCUUCCAACAGCCGCACGCCGCAACCGCAAGCCAACCAGUAUGCGCCAUCUUCGUACAGUCGCAACCAGGCCGUUGAGGAGGAUCUGGACGAUGACGACGAUCUCGGACUGGGCAACUCGAGCCGACGCAACAAGGCGAGCAACGCGGCUGGGGGAGACGGCGAUGCGGGCUCGGCCGGCGGCGAUGUUUCGCGACAGGAGAGCGUGGCGAGCGCGACGAGCGGCGCGGCGGGCAAGGACGACGGCAGCAACGACGGAGCGGGCGCUGCGUCCGAGGAGAAGAGGCAGGAGCUCAAGUCGUCUGCGUCGUGGUUCGGGCGGCUGUGGGGACGCAGCUCGUCGACGGACAGUGCGGCGCAGCAGGCGCAGGCCAAGGCCAAGAAGGCGCACCUUGGCGAAGAGACGAGCUUCGUGUACGACAAGGAGCUCAAGCGCUGGGUGAACAAGAAGGUGGGCGAUAGUGCGGGUGCUGCGAGCACGCCUCCGCCGCCGCCUCCUCCUCCGGCGCGUGCGCAGACGGCGAGUCCUGCGUCGCAGCCGGACCGCAGUGCGGGUGCGUCGAGCGCUCCGCCGAUGCGCGGCCCGCCGUCGGGCAGCUUCACGAUGGGGCGGGCGACGCCGCCGAUCAGCGAGGGGCGCGACGAGGGCAGCUCGGGAUUGGCGCCUAGCAGGGGACCGCCGGGCAUGGGCAGCCUGACGAGGGCGAGGAGCAAUCUGGCGGACCACUCGAUGCCGCCUGCGUCGCAGCCGCCGAUGGGCGCGAGGGGAUCGGGCAGCUCGACGCCGGCGGGGCUCGCGUCGCCGCCUGCGCCACCGCCGGGCGGAUCGAGGACGGGCACGGUCAAGAAGCGGCCGAUCAAGAGUCGGUACGUGGUGGUGGACUGA